ACUGUUACCUAUUUUUGUAUGUGUCAUCUAUUGCGUAGAGAAAGAAAGAAAGAAAAAAAAAAUUGGAACAUUUGAGGAAUCUACGGCCUGGUCUAUUCCGGUUCAGCUCUUCCUGGAGUAACCUGUCGUCUGAUGAAUCAACGUCCAAUGCACCUCAUGUUUGUUACUCCGUACUAAAUAAAUACGUAGUAAUUUGCAAUUACGAUUUUAAUUUGUUUAUGAAGGAGAAGCAUCUUUAGUUUCAGUGAUUUUUGGAGGGAAUCUUAGCAGCUAUGGGGACAACCGCAUUGAUUUCAGCUAUGCGUAGAGCUCACGCAAAAAAAAUCAUCUACUUCAAUCCAUUGAUUCGGUCUCAGCUAGACCAUCUCCCUUCCAGCAAGGGUGGCGAAAUCCCUAGCUUUUUUACUCAGAGGAGAUCGCAUAUAGGACAUGAUCAUCACUGUCAUCCGCACCACGAUCAUCAUGGAAAUGAAGGAGAGAAGAUUUUUCGUCUCGGCCUGGCCGCCGACGUCAGUUUGGCUGCUGGAAAAGCAUUUACGGGGUACGUCUGUGGAAGCACCGCGAUUAUUGCCGACGCUGCUCAUUCCAUCUCCGAUGUGGUUCUGAGUGGUGUGGCGUUGCUGUCGUACAAAGCUGCAAAGGCUCCUAAGGACAACGAACACCCAUAUGGUCACUUUUGAUCUGGCAUGGUAAAUUCGAGACUCUAGGUGCCCUUGGAAUUUCAGGCAUGCUGUUGGCAACUGGGGGAGGUAUAGCAUGGCAUGCUUUGGAUGUGUUAAUGGGAAUGUGGUCAGCAGUGCCUGAAGUUGUUAAUGUGUCACUAGCUCAUCACCAUGAUGGUCGAGUUGGACAUCAUCAUGGAAUUGAUAUGGAUCAUCCUGUUCUUGCUUUAAAUAUGACUAUACUGUCUAUCGCUGUCAAAGAAGGAUUGUACUGGAUAACAAAGAGAGCUGGAGAGAAGACAGGAAGCGGGCUGAUGAAAGCUAAUGCAUGGCAUCAUCGUGCUGAUUCUAUUUCUUCACUAGUUGCUCUAAUUGGAGUUGGUGGAUCUUUUCUUGGAGUGAGUUUCUUGGAUCCUCUUGCUGGACUUGUUGUUGCUGGUAUGAUCCUAAAAGCAGGAAUGGAAACUGGUCACCAGAGUGUCCUGGAAUUAGUUGAUGCUGCCAUCCCUUCUCAUGUUUUGGAGCCCUUCAGAAGCACAAUACUGCAGGUCAAUGGGGUUAAGGGAUGCAAUCACCUCAGAGGAAGGAGAGCAGGCUCAUUUUUGUAUCUUGAUGUUAAUGUUGAGGUGGAUCCCUUUUGUAGUGUGAGUGCUGCACAUGAAAUUGGGGAACUUGUACGACAUGAAAUUCAGCGAUCACACCCUCAAGUUGUUGAAGUCUUUGUACACAUAGGUCCUUCAACUUCACAUCUUCAUCAUCAUCAUCAUAAGAACAAAGAGGAGACAGUGGAGUUCUACAACACCAUGUCUUCUUUUGAGCAGCACCAUACGGAGGAGCUUACAAGGACUAUUUCAAAUGUCUUGUCGUCCAAAUUUUCAGAGAAAAUAAUGAUGGAGAGGAUUACACGACACGUGUUGGAAGGUAAGCAGACAAUUCUUCAAGUCGAAGUCUCUAUGCCUGAAGAACUCGUAAUCAGGGAUGCUGUGAAACUUGCUAAAGAAGCAGAGGAAAUGAUCAGAGAGGGAGGAGCAGGUGCUAAUGUUGGACAUGUGUCCUUCCUGCUCCGUUUGGGCCAUCCUAUGCCCAACGUGUAGUGGAUUGACACCACCCAUGAUAGCUUUGUGGUUUGUCCUAACCAAAAUGGCCCAAUAACUAGACUGUCAAAUUUAACAUGAAAUAAUUCUUUCAAUAGAAUUAAAAUAUAGACAAAUGUACAAUUAGAAUCACUAUUGUUUACACUCCUAAUUGAAAAAGAUUUGUACUUUCAACAGGAUUAUAAAAUCAUAUCGAGAGUUUUAUUUGUACCCAAUUUAUAUUUUAGCCCUAUUCAAAGCAAUUUUUGUUUCAACA